AUGAUCGGCGUCACUGCAUAUUCAAAAAUAACAUGCAUAGAUUCGGUCUCGUCGAGGCAGUUAAACUUUGAGAAAAAAUUACAGAACUUAACAGACAAUCUUAACAUAUCCUCAUUCUUCCAACUACUUAUUCUCCCUGAUUUAUUAUUUGUACCAUACAGGCAGCUAGGCUUCCGGGCAAUGAUGCUGUUCCAAGGACUGUUCUUGACUAUCGCGAUAUUGGAGAUAAGUGUUGUACCAAAGCACUACUGGUCAGACUCCUACGCAGUGGCUAAAUACAGCCCGUACACCGGAUUCGCGACUCUGUUUAUUGGGACAUCCAUGGUUCUGAAUAUCUUCGUGGUCGUCACCGUAUUCGCAAAUACCUAUGGGUAUUUGCCGCCAAAAGCAAAGCAUCUGAUUGGCUCGGACGUGGAGUUGUCCCUCCUCACCACAUCGACUCAUGUUCAUAAGGUGUUCUCGCUAUAUACGGCCUAUUGGAUGUGUGCGGGCAGCAUACUGGCGUAUACGUAUGUGGAGAACGUCAUCAAACUGCGCAAAGAGCGAAAGAAGGCAAUGAAGAAGGUAUGA